CAACCACCCACGACUUUGUUUUUCUCCCGUGAACUCGCUCAAAACGCUGCAGGUCAUGUCUAGUCGAGCAGACCUCGAACGAGCAGACCCCGGGCCCGCUGUUCAGAACGCAGAUGAUGGUCACGGCACGACUCAAAAGAAUGCAAAAAGUGCUACAACAACUACAGGAGACUCGGACCUUGUGGCAGCGUGGAUGCAACGACUCCAGACGCUCACUGUUAUAACAACAUUUCUUGCUUCGAUCGACGGAGAACUCUUCACCCUUACCAGCGCAUCGUCGCAGGUGACAGUUAAUGCCAGCUUGAAAUCCCAGGAAUUCGUGUAUGCCUGUUUUACUGGUGCCCUCGUUUUCCAUGUCUGUGCUUCAAUACUGGGAUACCUGGCGUCCUUCGCUCUGAUUCGAUAUGAAGUCAUUGAUGCAACCCCUUCCAGUACAAAGAGCAAAGAGCUGGGCGAGCCUUCUAAUUCUGGUUUACAGCACCAAAAGCAGCUCCAGCUUAGACCCAUUGUUCCUUUUGAAGCUGUCAAGAAGCUUCUUCAGACGCCCUUGGGGCUCCAAUUUCAAUCCAGGACGUCUACUCCCCCAAUAAAUCUCCUGACCCGGUGCUAUUUCACGACUUUGGCCCUAAGUGGUGUUGGCUUUAUCUUGGCACUUCUUGGUAUCGCUACUUACGCAUGGUUUGGACUGCAGCACGUUGUUGGGAUAUUCACAACGGCUUGUAUAGGUGUUAGUUUCGUGGCAUGUGUGUGGGCGAUGGUGUACCCUUGACUACUUUCACUAUCACUUAUGUUACACUCGUUCACGACUUGUUUGAAGCUGUACACAACUUCGGGUGUUGUAUUCAAGGUUCAUUAAUGCCAAUAUUGGUAUCAGCAUCGCAAACGGGAAAUCAUCGGUUCAGACGUUCAAGAAUAAAG